AUGGGAGGAAAAGGCGGUAGCGGUAGCGGUGGAGGAGGAAAAGGUGGUGGUGGUGGUGGCAGUGGAGGAGGAAGAGGCGGCGGCGGCGGUGGAGGAGCGAAAGGUGGUUGCGGUGGAGGAGGGAAAAGCGGUGGUGGUGGGGGCGGAGGUGGCUACAUGGUAGCACCAGGGAGCAAUAGAUCUUCUUACAUUUCAAGAGAUAACUUUGAGAGUGAUCCUAAAGGUGGUAGCGGUGGAGGAGGGAAAGGUGGUGGUGGAGGAGGAGGAAUAAGCGGCGGUGGAGCAGGAGGGAAAAGUGGUUGUGGUGGAGGGAAAAGUGGUGGUGGUGGUGGAGGAGGGAAAAAUGGUGGUGGUUGUGGAGGAGGAGGAGGAGGGAAAGGAGGGAAGAGUGGUGGCGGUAGUGGAGGAGGUGGCUACAUGGUAGCGCCGGGGAGCAACGGAUCUUCUACCAUUUCAAGAGAUAAGUUUGAGAGUGAUACUAAAGGUUACUUUGAUAAUCUCCAUGGUAAAAAGUGAGUUUGGUCUUUAUUGAUCAUCUAUGGAGAAUGGAGUGAAGAUGGUUUACUACCAAAUAUAUUAUGUAAUGAAUGAAUAAAUGAUAAUUUGCUUUAUUGUCUUACCCCAUGUUAACUAUAUGUGUAUUCAUCAAGAGACUCUAA